AUUUCGAAAUUCAACUUCACGCCAAAUGUUCAUCUUAAUCCCCUACCUUUCCACAGUCCAAUUCAUCGCUGACUUCUCUCAUUUUCCCUGGUUUUAUCGAUGGCGACCACUUUCUUCUUUCCCGUCCUCAUCCUCCUAUCCGUUUUCCAUUCAAUACACGCUCAAUCAGUCGAAGAAAGCUUCAUUUCCGUCGAUUUGUUCAAGAAAGGAAUUGAUUUCGGGAAAGAUUUAGCCGUUAAAAAGGGGAUCUCCGCUUUGAUUCCGUUUCAGCUACCGCAGAUCGAAGCUGCUGUUAAGAUACCUCUUAUCGGUACAGUUUACUUAACACUUUCGAAUAUCUCUCUCAAUGAGGUUAAUGUAUCUUCUUCAAGUGUUCAACCUGGAGAUACUGGUUUGAUUCUUAUUGUUUCUGGUGCAAGUGCAUCUUUGACUAUGAAUUGGGGUUACAGAUAUGUUUCUGUUCUAGUUAUCUCUGAUAAUGGUACAGCAUCUGUCCAGGUUGAAAAUAUGGAAGUAGGCUUGGCUGUGAGUUUGAAUAAUGAAGAAGGAAAUCUUAAGCUUACUCUCCUUGAUUGUGGAUGUAUUGUUAAUGAUCUUUUCAUAAAGAUGGAUGGUGGAGCAUCUUGGCUUUACCAAGGUAUAGUGACUGCUUUCGAAAGUAAAAUAAGAUCAGCCAUAGAAGUUUCAAUUGUUGAGCAAAUUGGAGAUGUAAUUACAGAGCUGGAUUCAUUACUGCAAACAAUUCCAAGAGCAGUUGAGAUAGACAAUGUUGCGGGUAUUAACAUUACAACUGUGAAUGAGCCGGUUUUAGAUGGUUAUUCGUUAGGCGUGGAGAUUAAUGGUUUGUUCAUGGCAAUGGGUGAAAGUCAUGUAAAUAAGUCUGUUGUUACUAACAGUACUAAAACAAUUCAAUCAUUAGUUUCAUGUGGAGUUCCAGCCAAGAUGGCUGGGAUAUCGAUACACGAAAGAGUUCUUAACUCGGCUUCCUCUGUUUACUUCAAUGCGGGUGUUAUGAAUUUCAUUGUGCGAAACCAAACCUUCUUAAACACCGUUCAUUGGAAACAUAUUGUUCCUCGGUUGUACAAGAAAUACCCGAAAGCUGACAUGAUUCUCAACAUUUCUGCUUCUUCACCGCCUGUCAUAACAGUUACAAGCGAGAGCAUUGAUGCUGCGAUUAAUGUAGAAAUGACCGUUGAAGUAUUGGAUGAGGGUGAACCAGUGCCAGUCGCAUGCAUUCUCUCGAUGUUUACAAUAUCGGGUAACCCAUCAAUCUCAAGGGAUGCUAUAAAGGGAAGUAUCAUAUUAAACGAUUUCACCAUGCACUUGAAAUCGAGUAGUAUUGGCAGGUUGCAUAUUGGCAUGGUUAAGCCAUUUAUAGAAAUUAUUCUGAGAACAGUUGGCAUUCCUUAUGUGAACUUGAUGUUGUCUUGGGGUUCGUCUCUACCUGGUUUCAUGGGUUACACCAUUCAUAAUGCUCGGUUUGAUUAUGUCGAUUCGAGGAUCAUCAUGUGCACAGAUUUUCAUCAUGUCAAGAAAGUGUGAUUAACCAUAUUAGUACAAAUGAUUGAGAUGGAUUAGUUCAUGUUGUUGAUCAAAGAAAUCCAUUGUGAAUAAUUGAUGAAACCAUGUUUAUUCUUUUGUUUAUUGAGUUUAAUGAAAAUUAAGUGAUUUACUUU